GACGUGUGUUUUGUUUUGUGGGAGCUACUUUAGUCAAGCUAAUAUUUCUGAUGUGUUUUCGAUUCUGGAGCAUUUAACUAGCACCGAUAACCGGCAGAAAGUUGACGAUGGACGAGUUUGUCCACUUUCCGCACCAGAUGUGGCAGAAAGUAUUGUCGAAGGUAAAGCAAGCUGUUGUUUUUAUGGAUGACAGGUGUGCAGAGGCUCUCCACUGGAUCGGUGGUGCUGCCGCAUUGUUUGAAGCAGGAGCUAGAAAUUUGAAGCAAUUUUCAAGCUUCGAAUCCAGCGGUGUGAAUGAACCGAAAGCUGUGUUUGUGGUGAGCACUUUGUUGAAGGGGACAACGGUCGACAUCCUGAAAGACAUCAUAUCCCUCAGUCACUUCCAGUACUGUGUCGUUUUCACCACCGUCGCUCACUCCGUACACCUGCUCGCCAACAGUGUCACGACAGAGAUGGAAGGAAACCCUGUAUUUGAGCAGUUUGAAGAAAAGCUGUGUGAGUGGAUGGGAAACAUGAACUACACGGCUGAAGUCAUGCAUGUUCCCGUGGUCUUCGCCCCUGUAUCACAGCAGCUGCUCCUCACACCCGCGUUUGCCCACUUGUUUCCCCUGCUGUCACCUGACCUGGAGAAAAUAAAUGCAAAACGACCAGAGAAGAAGAGAUUUGGAAGCCUGGUUGAUAUAGACAUGCACUCCCUUUCUUUGGAACUGCAGAUUGAAAUAAAAUCAUUGGCCUCAGCAUUAAAUGCAAUGUUUGAAGCUACAAGCACCAGGGAAGAGUGCUUUGCUGUGGGUCCCAUGAGUCGCAUCAUAGCAGGGGAACUGGCUACUCAUCCACAAGCAAAAACCCGAAGAAAAACUGCGCCUAAUAAAGCGUCAAUCAUCUUUGUUGACAGAACAAUGGAUAUUACAGGAGCUGUGGGUCAUCAUGGUGAUAACCUGGUGGAGAAGAUUCUGACUGUACUCAAACCCCUACCUGCUCAUGUGACAGAUGUACAGGUGGACAUGCUGGAGCUCACAAGUCUGCAGCACACCCCUUACUCCCAGACCAUCCUGUCCCCCGGCUGUCUCGCACAGACGCGGUCGCCCGCAGCACAGUCACUGUGGGAGGCCAUGCUGACCAGUAAGCAUAAAGAGGGGGUGAUGGAGGUCCGUCGGCAACUGGUGGAGGCUGCCAGUAAAGAGAAGCUGCCAAUCAAGAUGAGCAUGGGCCGUGUGACUCCUGAGCAGCUGUGUUCCUAUGUGCAGCUGUUCCAGAGCAAAUGGGAGGCGUUAGAGAGUCACUGCGGCGUGCUCCAGCUGGGCCUGGGCACAGCCCAGACGCUACGCCACCCCAGCUUGCCUCGCUGGGAUUCCUGCCUAGGCUUUGAGCGGCUGCUGCUGCAGGCUCUUGGGGACUCGGAUUUUCCUGCUGUGCUGAGGCAGCUGCUGCCUUUGAUGAAGCCCCGUGGAGAUGAGGACAGCUCAGCCGCGGGGUCACAGUCCAGAAAGGAUGAGUGUGGGCCUGAUGAGCUGAUCCUCCUGCUGAUCUACCUGUACUCCCUGGCCAACGAAGCGCAGCCAGCAGACCAGGACACAGAGGAGGAGGAGCUGGAGAAGCUGGAGAGGGAGCUGAUAGGAGCACUCACCCUGGUCAUCACCCGAGAGACGGAACUCAGCACUUUAAUCCAGAAACUCACAGGUUGUGCAAACCCAGAGGAGCUGACUAUAGAGCGAGCCCAUUCUGUGGUGGAGCACAUGUUCGAGACCCUCCGAGGGUUGAGCCACACCAGAGACCACCUGAAGCAACUGCGCUCUGUCUACACCGCCAGCGACGGAGUUCACCAGGCGACCUAUCGUCCAUUCCUACGGCAGAUCCUGGAGGAAGUCUUCCACCCCGGCAGGCUCGAAUGCCCUGACAUUGAGCACAUGUCCGGAGGCCUCACAGACCUGCUGAAGACUGGCUUCAGUAUGUUCAUGAAGGUGAGUCGUCCACAUCCCGCCGACAACCCUCUGCUCUUCCUCUUCCUGGUUGGUGGAGUCACACCGUCAGAGCUUCGUCUCAUCAGAGACAUUGUUGCCACACACAAACCAGGGACUCAGGUGCUGGUUCUGUCCACCAGGUUACUGAGGCCGACCGAUAUCCCCGAGCUCUUCUUCACCACCCAAAGACUGGUGCCUGAUAUUGGUGUCUGACCAGUGUCACACGGAAACACAGAUGCACGUGAGGCAGAAUGUGCGCUACAAACAUCUCAGGUGUGACAAGUGUUGACAGCCACAAGUUUGAAUAAAUGGAAAAUUAAGCAGCUGUUCUGUUUAUGUCUGUUUGAUUUGUUAGAUUGAAUCCUUGUGUAAAAGUAGCUGCUGUACUUCUUUUUUUUUUUUUAAAUAGACAUUUUACAUUAUUAUGUGUGACUGACAGCAUCCUCGUCUUCCUGAGCACGAGCUGUACAAGUACAUUUGAGGCAAAGCUUGUAUCAAAUGUC